AUGCAGCAGCUGAUUUCUGGUUGGAUGUUCACCAUGAGAGUCAGCAAUGGCUGCGAUGGCUCUUUGGACCAGCCGAUGCGACGAAUCCCAUAUUGGUUCCACAUGGCACAGUUAUUACAAGACCACAUCAAUAAACCAAGGAUUUUUUUUAGAUAUGGCAGACGUUUUAUUGACCCAGACUGGGAAUCAGCUCAGGUUUCUUUUCUUGGUUGGUAUCCCAUGACCUCUACUGGAAAAUUGCAGCAGGAGGAAAAGAGUGAGGAAAGUAAGGAGCUCAAUAGACUUCAGUUCUGGGAAAGAAUGAGUUUGAACAGGUUUGGUGAGUGUGAGGUACAGGCAAAAAAAGUUAAAGAGUUCACAGCCACAGUCUUUGAAAACAAUAUACUGUUUGUAAGUUUCUAUCUUCUAGCUGAACUUGAAGUGCAUGUGGCUUACAGACACAGAGAGAGAGAGAGAGAGAGAGGGAACAGCAACAGUUUCCAGGAUUUUGAUGUCCAAAGUUCUGCUUGGUGCAGCGCAGACUGGUUAACAAUAGGAACAUACAAAAACCUGGAAGGAACUCGCGUGUGUGGUUCUUCCAUUCCAGGACCAUACAUUUCUUCACAAGAACACGUCUGGAUUAAGUUUCAUUCAGAUGACCGGUAUACUAGGAAAGGUUUCCGGCUCUCUUACAUCACAGGAAGAUCUGUGGAGGCAGGCUGUGACUGGGACCAGUUUCACUGCAACAAUGGGAAAUGUGUCCCUGAGAUCUGGAAAUGCAACACCAUGGACGAGUGUGGGGACAAUUCUGAUGAAUUGCUGUGUGAGAGGUCAACACCCCCGACUGCUUUUCCUUUUCAGCCUUGUACGUAUAAUGAGUUCCAGUGUCUCUCCCGGUACACUCCGGCUUACACCUGCUUACCCGAGACUUUGCGAUGUGAUGGGAAUAUCGAUUGCCUGGAUUUGGAAGACGAAAUAAAUUGCGAUGUCCCUACUUGUGAGGAGCAGCUGAGAAACUUUUAUGGUGCUUUUAACUCUCCAAAUUAUCCUGCCUUUUACCCACCUGGAAGCAACUGCACGUGGCUGAUAGAUACAGGAGACCGGCGCAAAGUUAUUUUGCGUUUCACUGACUUUAAAUUGGAUGGCACAGGCUAUGGGGAUUAUGUCAAAGUGUACGAUGGCCUGGAGGAAAAUUCGCGCAAGUUGCUCCGCGUCCUGACGUCAUUUGAUUCCCGGCCACCUAUCACGGUGAUCGCUUCAUCUGGAAAGUUGCGGGUACAUUUUUAUGCAGACAAAGUGAAUGCAGCCAGAGGCUUUAACGCUACUUACCAAGUUGAAGGCUUUUGCCUGCCCUGGGAGAUUCCAUGUGGCGGCAAUUGGGGCUGCUACACUGAGCAGCAGCGUUGUGAUGGUUAUUGGCAUUGUCCAAAUGGAAGAGAUGAGCGCAAUUGCAGCUUAUGCCAGAAGGACGAGUUUCCCUGUUCUCGUAAUGGUGUAUGUUACCCUUUGUCUGACCGUUGCAACUACCAGAACCAUUGUCCCAAUGGCUCAGAUGAGAAGAAUUGUUUCUUUUGCCAGCCUGGUAAUUUCCACUGUAAGAACAACCGUUGUGUGUUUGAGAGCUGGGUCUGCGAUGCACAGGAUGACUGUGGGGAUGGCAGUGAUGAGGAAAAUUGCCCAGUGAUUGUACCCACUCGGGUGAUAACUGCAGCAGUCAUCGGAAGUUUAAUCUGUGGACUGCUUCUCGUCAUUGCUCUGGGAUGUACCUGCAAACUCUAUUCACUGCGAAUGUUUGAGCGCAGAUCCUUCGAAACCCACUUGUCAAGAGUUGAAGCUGAGUUGUUGCGAAGAGAAGCUCCUCCAUCCUAUGGCCAGUUGAUCGCACAAGGCUUGAUACCCCCAGUGGAGGAUUUUCCUGUUUGUUCGUCAAACCAGGCAUCUGUAUUGGAAAACCUCCGUUUGGCAGUCCGGUCGCAACUUGGACUUGCCCCUGUCCGGUCUUCCACAUCCAACAGACGACCCAAUAACCUUUGGAGCCGUGUUUUUCGGUUUGCAAGAUCCAGGAAUUCAGCGUCCUUAGCACUUGUGUCAACAGAUGGAGAUGGUGUGUCUGGAGAACAGACAGCAACCAGGGAACCUGAAAGAAGCAGCUUGCACAGAGGCCUCCUGACCCUCGAGGCCGAUGAUACAGAUAGUGAGCGGAGAGACGUGCCAGGAGCUGUUGGUGGAGUUGUAGCUCCUCUGCCUCAAAAAGCUGCACCGACUUCUGCAGUCGAGGCUGUUCUCGGAGCAAAUGGUAGCUCCUCAGGCCACCAUACUAAUAACACUGUUGGUAGUGUCCUCACCCAAUUGGGAAGCUCAGAGCAGCCCAGCAUCAGUCCAGCGAGACAGCAGCUGAGCAGUGCCCUGAGCCUUGUGACUCGGAGUCUGCGGCGGGUGCGUUUUUCUAUUGUGCGAUCCAGUUCUGCAAGUCAGAACCAGAGCCCCCUGCGGCAGCUGGAUACCGGUGUCCACGGGCAAGCAGAGGAUGAUGAUGUUGAAUUAUUGAUCCCUGUUUCUGAUGGAGCAUCAGAGGUAGAUAUGAGGGACGGUGGCAGACCAAUCACUGAGCUCGCCCCUGACAGGUUGCAGGGAACCCGGCAGCACCACAGUUCAGCAACUCACAGAGAACGUUCUAAUAGCAGAGACGGGCCUUGCGAGCACUGUGGAAUGGUACAUACAGCCCAGAUACCCGACGUGUGCCGAGAGGCUGCAGUAAAGAACGAAGCCAGUGACGACGAAGCGUUGCUUGUCUGUUAGCUGUGCAACGAUACGUCAACGAUCGCUUUUAUUUAUGCUCAUUGAUAACGAUGCAUAUUGUGAUUUUAAGCUCUUUCGGUACUUGGAGGAAAAACUGGAUUUGUGUGCGACUUUUGUCAAAUACCAUAUUUAUUACGUUUAAUUUGGGAGUCCACUAAACGCAUGGUGACAAGUUCCGUGCAUUUUUUCGGCUCGCAUGUUACGCAGUCACGAUUUUAAAAAAAACUACCAAAACUGUUGUGUAGAAUAUGUAGAAUGAAAAUGAAUUAUGACUUAAGUUCCUGCUUCUAUUAUUUUUUCCUAGCUGUUUCUAGAAUAUUGUCUAUUUAUUGCUUUUUGUCAUAAAUUGCAUGUUUUAUGAUUUUUAAUUGAUAGGCUGCUGAGUGCCUAAAAAAAAUGGAGUUUGGAACAUGCAACAAUGUAAAACACAAAUAAAAAUCAACUUUUACAAUAA